GUUUUCUCAGAUACUUGUUUUCUCAGACACUAACAAACAACCCCAAAAACCAAAAAAAGAUGCCCGCAAACAAGAAAGUGCGCCUGGAAGAGCCCGUUGCCGAAGAGAUUGUCGACGAUGAGCACGAGGAGGACGUUGAAGACGAGGGCGAAGACGAGGACGGCAGCGAGGGCGAGGAGGCCGAUCUGUUUGACGAGGUGCUCCAAGCCGAGCCCGCGCUGCUCCAGGUCCAAGAAGAGUUCCGUGAGCGCUUUGCCACGACCAGCCGCGAGCUGGAGGAGAAGAUCAACGCGGCGGUCGUCGCGGCCAACAAGAGCCACUGGCGCACGAGCAAGCAGGGACUGGUCGCAGAGCGCGACGCCAAGCUCGUCGCAGCCGCGCCCCACUUCUGGCGCAACCUGCUGCUCAAGACCGCUGCUGGUGAUGGCAAGCUCCAAGCAGUCGACAAGCAGAUCUAUGAGGCUCUCAGCUAUGUUAGCUCCAGCCUUGAUGUGCCGGAGGGCAGCGCGUGCUCCGUCACGAUGCAUUUCCACCCCAACGAUUACUUUGAGGAUGCCUCCCUCACCCGUGUCUUGCCCGGCCAAGACGAGCUCGGCACCUCGGCUUUCGAGCCCAUCACUGUCCACUGGAAGCCCGCUGGCCAGGCCCUCGUGACCGCGUACAACGCUCGCAAAGACGGCAGCGCCGCCGCCAACGCCAAGCGCAAGCGCACUCCCGUCGCGGAGCCCGGUUUCUUUGAGCUCUUUGUGUUUGGCGAAGACAGCUCCAUCGUCACCUCACAGCUGAUGUGGCUGCACCAGCAGCACAACCGCCUGGCCGGAGACGAGGAAGACGACGAGGAUCAGUUCGAGGACAUUGAUGACGAUGACGAGGACGACGGCGAAGAAGGCGAAGAUGAAGAGGAAGGCGAGGACGAGGACGAGUAACAAGUUCGCUCGUUCAGCUCUCGUUGCUGUCACCAAGCCCUGUUGUGCGGAUGAUUGCAAUCCUAGUGUGUGUGUGUCUUCCAUUUGUAUUGUCUCUUUCCUGCUGCCCCACAAUAACACUUUGAAUGUUAGUUGUCA